AUGAGACUUGAUGAGUUGAUGGGAUCUCUACAAGCCUAUGAGAUGAAUCUGAAUUCAGGUAGAAGAGAAGAAGAUAUAUCUCUGAAAGCUGAAGCAACAAGCCCAAAAGAAAAAAUCCAGAAAGAAGAUAAAGCUGAUGAUGCAAUCAACAAUCAUACUUCUUUACCUACUGUGCUAAAAAAUGUCAAAAGUUUCAGAAAUUUCAGUGUUUUUGCAAGUCCAGUUACAACAUCAAUUGCAACAUCUGGAGAAUCUGUUUGUGAAGAGAUUACUGAAACUGAUCUUCUGCAUGGGUAUGAACUCAUGAUAAAUAAACUUGACAAAAUAUUUGUACAAAACAAAAAACUUGCAAAAGAAUUGAAAGAAUGUCAAGAAAAGCUGAACAAUGCUGAAAAGCCCAUUAACAAUUUGAACAAAGGAAAAGCCAAGAUUGAGGAGGUAUGUUUUCAAACAGGUGGCAAAGGUUUUUUGAUGAAUUACAAAGAAUGUUCAAUUGGGCAUGUAACUUUUGGUGAUGGUCAGAAAGGUCAAGUAGUUGGAAAAGGAACAUUGAUGGUUCCUGGGUAUCAAAGACUGAAAAACAUUCUGCAUGUAGAAGGGCUGAGGGCAAAUCUUCUGAGUAUAAGUCAAUUAUGUGAUCAAAAUCUGGUGGUAAAAUUUACUCAUGAUAGAUGUAUGGUCUAUGAUGAAGCUGAAGCUUGGACAUCUGAACUUCCGGAACCUUAUGAAGAUUACAGAAAUGAAAGCUGUUUAGGGAGUGCCCAAGCUCACGAAAAAGGGAGAUGGUGUAUGCGGACCUUGUCAACUGGGAAAGCAAAGUCGUGCUUCUCACACAGUGGUGCAAGACAUUGGUACACCUGGGUGGAUUUCCUCAAGGAGAAAUCAGAUACUUUUGGAGCCUUCAAGAAGUUAUGCAUGCAACUUCAAAAUGAGAAAGAGUGUCAAAUUGGGAAGAUUGUCAGAAUCAGAAGUGAUCAUGGAAGAGAAUUUGAAAAUGCUCAGUUUGUAGAAUUUAGCAGAGAACAUGGGAUUCGUCAUGAAUUUUCAGCUCCAAAAACUCCUCAAGAAAAUGGUGUAGUAGAGAGGAAGAAUCGCACUCUCCAAAAGAUGGCUCGUGUUAUCUUCAAUUCCAAGAAACUCUCUACAAGAGAUCAGCUGGGAAAGUUUGACAAGAAAAGUGAUGAAGGAUUAUUCAUGGGAUAUUCAACUACUAGUAGAGCCUAUCGGACUCAAGGUGCAUCAAGUGAGCCAAACAAGCCUAUCACUAAGAAUCAUGAAUCAGCAGAUGAAGAGUUACAGGCAGAACAAGAAGUUGCAACACAGGUUACAACACCAACUACAACAACAGAAACUGCUCCGGAUUCCGGUCAGGAUUCAGAUAGACAACAGGUUAUAACUGAUGUUGCAACUGAAGUUACAACAGGCAAAAUCAUCUCAGAAUCAGAUUAA